AUGUACCCUGACAGUUACUCUAGACUUUUAGAUCCAUCUGAAAUUCUUGCAAACUCAGGUUACCUUACAGUGAUUCUGGUCGCUGCAUCCUGUUGCUCAGCACAGCUGGUGCUGCCGUACACGGCGCCCUGGGUGCUGCCUCAAGCGAAGCUGAUCACUACCCCUCAUGUCAAGACCGACAUCAAGACCAUUCCUUUGGUCUCCCCUUACGCCCACCCCUUCGGACAUCCCUUCGUCGCUUCCCCCUACGCCUUCCACCACGCUGCCUAUCCCUACAUCCUCAACGCCGACGCUACUCUCAAGGCCACCGAGUUCCCCUACAUCUUCCACAAGGCUGAACAGGAGCCAGCUGUAGAAGAGGCACGUCGUCGUCGCCGCGACGUGGAGAUCCCCCUCCCGUACCUGCACGCCGUGCCCACCGUCACCAAGCAAACUGUGUGUUUACAAUUUCUUUGUUGGUCGACGCCAACACCCCCGCCGACACCACCAAGAUCGAGCUCACCACCAAGGAGCACGAGAUCUCCGUGCCCGCCGUCAAGUACGUGCAGCCCGUGGUCAACGUCAAGCCCGUCACCUACACUGCUCUCUCCCACGCCGUCCCCUACGCCCACGGCCUUCCCUCCCCUUCUUCCCUACGCCCACGGUCUUCCUUAUGCCUAUGGCCUUCCAUACGCCCACUACCCUAACCUCGUCGGCGCCCCCGUCAUCAAGAUCGACGAAGAAGAGUAA